AUGCUUCAACAACAAACAGACCUUGCCUUUUCGGAUGUCGUGGAGGAAACUGUUCGGGAUCCACAAAUCGGGGAACUCGUCUCUGCUCUCUCAGGGCAGGACUAUUCUGGCCAGGAAAAGACGAUGCGUCUCACGUUCAUGAAACCAUCGAUGGAACCUCUAGUCGUUACUUUAUCUGUGGAUGCAUCUCCUGGCUGUGGUGGGAUUGUCUGGCCCGCUGGACAGGUCCUAUCCAACUAUCUCGUACGAAGAGACCGUUCCUUCUUUCAGGACAAAACUAUUCUUGAGCUCGGAAGUGGAACCGGCCUCGUAGGAAUUGUGGCAGCGAAACUUGGCGCAAACGUUUGGGUCACGGAUCAAGCCCCGCUGUUAGAUAUCAUGCGGCAAAAUGUACUGAGAAACAACCUCAGUUCGCGGUGUACUGUUGCCGAACUGAAUUGGGGGGAUCCGAUACCAGCCGAUAUACCUGCACCGGACGUGGUUCUUGCAGCCGACUGUGUAUAUUUUGAGCCAGUGUUCCCACUCCUGGUCCAAACACUAUGCGAUAUUUACGAGAAGAAACCAGAAAUACUGUUUUGUUACAAGAAACGACGCAAGGCUGAUAAACGAUUCUUCGCGAUGUUGAAGAAAAAGUUCACAUGGGAACAGGUUAUGGAUGAUCCAGACAGAGAAAUCUAUAACAGGGACUCCGUUACGCUAGUGCGACUUUAUAGAUUGAAAUAG